CUUUCUACCUCUCCAUAGUUGAACCAAAAAAAAAAAAAAAAGCGAGCUCGCUCAAAGGGCAGGCCAUUUUCACUUCCGCCAAAUUCACAGAGAAGGGGAGAGAUGAGAGCGGCGAAGUAUAUUUGGCAAUGGCGAAGCAUAGCCAAACAAGCAUUCACUCAAACAUCGAUAGUAGCCAAGUUCCUUUGCUUGCUUCACGUCACCAACAACUACCUAUGCUCUUCCACUCUCGUGUACGGCCCUAGUAUGCUUCCAACGCUCAAUAUUUCCGGUGAUGUGUUAUUGGUGGAACACAUUUCACACCGUUUGGGGAAGCUGGGACCUGGUGAUGUGGUGCUGGUUCGAUCCCCUGUUGAUCCUAGAAAAAUCGUCACCAAACGCAUCGUGGGAAUGGAGGGUGAUAGAAUCACUUUCUUGCUGGACCCCUCUAGUAAUGACAGCUGCAACAUCAUCGUGGUCCCAAAGGGGCAUGUUUGGAUUCAGGGAGAUAAUAUGUAUGCUUCCAGUGAUUCAAGGCAUUUUGGGCCUGUUCCAUAUGGUCUUAUUCAAGGGAAAGUGUUUAUGAGGGUGUGGCCACCUCAUAGCUUUGGAUCCUUGGAACAAUAAGUAAAACAAGUGAUAUUGUAAAGAUUUCUCGUUUUCGGCUUCGGGGCAGUUGAUCACACAUGGCCUAACAACUGAUUUCGCUGAUCAGAUUCUCAAUAUACGCGACCAAGCGUGUUGAGCUUGGUUAGAAGUUGGAGAAUGAAGUUUCAGGAUGCUAAAUUGUUUUAAGUUUCAGUUUCUGCUAUCGAACAACACAUGAAAUUGUAAUAUUUUAAUGACAUUGAAAUUAUAAUAUUAAGCCUGUAAUAUUUUUAGCAUAAAUAUAUUUUAUGAAAUAAUUUUUUUU